CUAGUACACUGUCUCUACUCUCCACGGACUGUUCCAUCUAACUAAACUAAGAAAAGUCUCUGAUUCAAUCGAAUGUCCUCUCUCUCUCUCUCUGUCUCUCUCUCUCUCUGAUGCCAUUGUUUUCUCUCUCUGGAUUUUCAGUCUCCGCCCAGAAUAUAGCAGAGAUCUCUCAAAAUCACAACAUUCUUAGUCGAGGGAGAGCGUUGGCUUUAGCAUGCAACUUGGCUCCGGUAAAAAACAAAUAAAAAUAAAGAAGGGAGCGUCUCUGAUAGAGAGAGCAAGCGCCACGACACUAAUAAUAUAGAAUAAACAAAAGAAUAUUCAAGACACAAAAAAGAUCAUGCAAGAUAAUAUGAAGAAGCAGAAGCAGAAGCAGGUAGUGGUGGUGGCCAAUAAUGAAGAAUCUAAUAAGAAGAAGGAGCAUCGCAUUGUUAUGUGGACUCAAGAGGAGGAUGAUAUUCUGAGGGAGCAGGUUGGAAUCCAUGGAACUGAAAAUUGGGGUAUUAUUGCUUCUAAAUUCAAGGAUAAAACUACAAGACAGUGCAGAAGGAGAUGGUUCACUUACUUGAAUUCUGAUUUCAAGAAAGGGGGUUGGUCACCGGAGGAAGAUAUGCUCUUGUGUGAGGCUCAGAAACUAUUUGGUAACCGGUGGACAGAAAUAUCAAAGGUGGUUCCAGGCAGAACGGAUAAUGCUGUUAAGAACCGGUUCUCCACAUUGCGCAAAAAGAGAGCGAAAUAUGAAGCAUUAGCGAAAGAGAACCACACUUCAUACACCAAUUCAAAUAAUAAGAGGGUUAUUCUACAACAUGGAUAUGUUACAGAUUCAGCAUCAGAAUCUGGUGUGUCUACUAAGAAGAUGAGGAGGUCACAUAUUCCAGUGGUAGAAGAAAGGAUAAACUAUGGAGACAGAUUACAUAAACAAAAUGGAAGUCAGAUAAGUCAGCAGCCAAGAGCGCCAUUCGCCGUACUACCUCAGAACUCUCAUAAUGUCAACAACUUACCAGAUCAGCAUGAUAUCUGCAGUUUGAAGUUUAAUGGUUAUGGCCAAAACAAGUUGCAAGGGACAUUCCUCAAAAAGGACGAUCCAAAGAUAAACGCAUUGAUGCAACAAGCAGAGUUCCUAAGUUCAUUAGCUCUAAAAGUUGAUGCAGAGAACAUGGACCAAAGUCUAGAAAAUGCAUGGAAGGUUCUUCAAGAGUUUCUGAGACGAACCAAAGAGUCUGAUGGUCCGAGAUGUAAGGUUCCGGAUCUACAGCUUGUAGAUCUAGGAGAUUGGUUGGAGGAAUUGAAGAGUAAUAGUGAGAGAAUUCAACCAUGUUGGAGGAAAUUUAAAUCCAUUCAAAACACAAAGUCCUAUGAGGACUAUAGUUUCGGAUUGUAUUCUAGGCAAAUGGAAUUAUAUGAAGACUCUCCUGGCAGUUCUGAGUACAGCACAGGAUCAACUCUCCUCCCUCAUUUGGGUGCCGACAACUCGGAACACUCGCUGCAUCAGGAAAUUGAAACUGAACUCAAGUCAAUACACAUUGGAGAUCAAAAGGAAUGUGAGCAAGGUGUUCUUUCUACUGCAACUUUGGAUCAAGAUGUUUUCGCAUUAAAUAAGGAUCGGAUGAACAAAGAUGGCAUUGUUUCUGCCUCAUCAAUGACAGAGUUCAGUUCCCCUCCUCAAGUUACACCUCUGUUCAGAUCCUUGGCUGCAGGAAUUCCUAGCCCUCAAUUUUCGGAAAGCGAGAGGAACUUCCUCAUGAAAACACUUGGAAUGGAAUCUCCAUCCCUCAACAACAUAAGCUUAAACCCCUCGCAACCACCACUCUGCAAAAGAGCCCUGCUACAAAGCCUAUAAUCUCAUUCUCUAAUCCUUCUAAACUACAAAUAUCUACAUGUCCUUCUCUCUUCUUCACCCUUGGCAAAUCCGGCUUUGCCGAGUUCUCCUUUUACCUCAUUCGAGGAAAAAAAUUGCAGUUUUGGUAAGCCUGAAAAGUUUUGAAAGCCAUUUACCCUCCAUCGUCCUCCCAAAAUGUUACGGCACAUUCUGAGAGGAUCUUUAAAACAUGUCUAACACUAUCCAUGCACAAAAAAAAGUGCGCAUGGUGUGUCAUUCUUUUUGGUUUUGUUCUGGGUUUGUUUUUUAUCCAAUCCAGCUUUUUCUCUUUGGUUUGCUUUUCUUUCUUUUUUUUUGUACAGAGAAUGCUGUGUGAUUACUUCGUCGUCCGGAGUGUGUGUAUACAUCGGCAAAUCGCCAUCCCUACUACAUAUAAUGAACAGAGAGACAUAGAUAGAAGAGAGGAAAAAAAUGAAAAAGAAAAAAAAAAGAAGAGAGUAAAAGGAUUAACCAGUAGGAAAUUGGAUUCCUAUUUGUUAUUUUGGGUGUGCAUAGGUCAUAGAAUAAGAUUAUUCUUUUUUUCUUUAUUUGGUUCUGAUGUACUGAAUCAUAAUAUAGAUUGGAGUGGAAAUGCAUUUGGCUUUGGUGUGCAAAA